AUGGCCGUCUCCUCCCCCCUCAUCAAGCUCAACAGCGGCGCCACCAUGCCCGCCCUCGGCUUCGGCACCUUCGCCUCCGUCGGUUCCGCAGGCGAAACGCACCGCGCCGUCGUCGCUGCGCUGUCCGCUGGCUACAGACACCUGGACUGCGCGUGGUUCUACCAGAACGAGGAUGAGGUAGGCUCCGGGAUCAAGGAGUUCCUGGAUGCCCAUAAGGACGUCAAGCGCGAAGACCUCUUCAUCUGCACGAAGGUGUGGCAGCAUUUGCAUGAGCCGGCGGAUGUGGAGUGGAGCAUCAAUGAUUCGUUGAAGAAGUUGAGACUGGAGUAUGUGGAUUUGUUCCUGAUUCACUGGCCGUUUGCUGCGGAGAGGAAUGAGGAUCGCAGUGUUAAGCUUGGUGCUGAUGGGAAGUACAUCAUCAACAAAGCCCUAACCGAAGACCCAACCCCCACCUGGCUCGCGAUGGAAUCCCUCGUCGCCAGCGGCAAAGCCAAAUCCAUCGGCGUCUCCAACUACACCAUCGCCGGGCUAAAACAGCUCCUCUCCCUCGCCAAGAUCCCCCCCGCAGUCAACCAGAUCGAGAUCCACCCCUUCCUCCCCAACCAAGAGCUCAUCGACUUCUGCCGCUCCGUCGGCGUCGUGCCCGUCGCCUACUCCCCCCUCGGUUCGCAGGACCAGGUCCCAGGGACCGGGGAGAAGGUGGCGACGAACAAGGAUCUGAUUGCAGUGGCGGAGAAGAAUGGGGUUAGUUUGGCGCAGGUGCUGAUUGCGUGGGGGAUUAGGAGGGGGUAUGCGGUGCUGCCGAAGAGUAGUAAUGAGGGCAGGAUUAGGAGUAAUGCGCAGUUGAUUGAGUUGAGUGAUGAGGAUUUUGAGGCGGUGAAUAAGGUGGCGGAUAGCAGGAGGACGAGGUUUGUGAAUAUGAAGGAUACGUUUGGGUAUAAUGUGUGGCCGGAGGAGAAGUAGAGGGAGGGGGAUGAAGUAGAAGUUUGAAGACUUGACAACAGCAAGAGAGGUUUUAGGAAGCAAGGAAGUGGCUCUAGAUGGCUUGAAAUAAAAUGUUUCAAAAUAGGGCUGCUUACAACUUCACAUCAAUGAGUGAAGAUAUCAGACACGCAUGUCCACAGCCAGUCUCACAGCAUUAAGAUAUGUCUUAUACAGUAAGUUACUCAACGUAUGCCAUGAUUUACACCAAAUGACCGAGCAAAGCCAAGAGCCACAGCCUCGUGUCGGCAGGGACACGCAUCCAUGUAACAAGCACCCCAAUUAAUUACAGCGACCUUUACUCUUACCAUUAUUGGCCUCUGUGGUCACAUUUUGGCGUUGCAGGGAAUUAAUUGAGCUAGAUAUCCAUAUCAAUGGAGGGAGUUCGUGCAUUGCCAGCACAGCAAAACCGAAACUGCCCCUGCUCCUGCGAUUAUCACCCAGCGAACCCGUUAUCAGAGGACCCUGCAUCAACAAAGGACCCCCGAUUUUCCCAACCUGCCAGCAAAACGCUC